CUAGCAAGUGUUUUGACAUUUAAACAAUCUUGUAUUUGACAUUUGUUUGUUUACAAGUUAUGUCGCGACUUAUCUCGAAAACGACUUUUCAUUGUUAAUUCGAUCUCGAUCGUUUUGUCGCAGUGAUACAUAAACUGUAUAAUUGGAAAGCUGCAUAAAUCAAAAUGAAGACGCUUCUUAUAUUACUUUUCGUAAUCAAAUUAAUUUCUUCAAAGCCGACAUCGAUUGUUUUGUGGCAUGGAAUGGGUGACACUUGCUGUGUAAGCUUCAGUCUAGGAGGUAUUAAAGUAUUUUUAGAAAACAAUAUCCCUGGUGUUUAUGUCACUUCACUAAGGAUUGGCAAUUCCACUGUGGAGGACUUUGAGAAUGGCUACUUUAUGAAUCCAAACUACCAGGUGGAAUAUGUGUGUAAACAGUUAGCUGCCGACCCCAAUCUUAAGGAUGGAUUCAAUGCUAUUGGCUUUUCUCAAGGAAGCCAAUUUCUACGAGCAGUGGUCCAGCGUUGCGGCCACAUUCUGCCUCCGAUUAAGAAUUUGAUAAGUCUUGGAGGUCAACACCAAGGAGUUUAUGGUUUGCCUCACUGCGGAGCCCUUAUGCAUCCCACCUGCGACUAUAUUAGACAGGUGCUCAACUAUGCUGCUUAUGACAGCUGGGUGCAAGACGCUCUAGUCCAAGCGACAUACUGGCACGACCCACUUGACGAAGAAACCUACAUCAACAAGAGCAUCUUUCUCGCUGAAAUCAACAAUGAACUUCGAGUUAACAAGACCUAUAUAGAAAAUCUGAAUAACUUGCAACAUUUUGUCUUGGUGAAAUUCGACAAUGAUACCAUCGUGCAACCAAGGGAAACUGAAUGGUUUGGUUUCUAUGAACCUGGACAAUCUAAGAGAGUUGUGCCGUUUUACGAGACCAGACUGUAUGUGGAGGAUCGCCUAGGACUGAGGAAAAUGCACAAAGAAGGCAGGUUGGUACUGAUAUCAACUGAAGGCGACCACUUACGGUUCUCAGACAAAUGGCUUGUAGAAACUAUUAUUAAGCCUUAUCUCCUUAAUUAGAACUGAUUAACAAAGGUAAUGUACUGUUAGUUUGUAAGAUUAAAUGUCAUUAAUGAACAUAAAAAAUUAAUGUCUUAUAUCUAAGUGAGUUUAUGUCCUUGAAAAGCUAUCAUUUUGGAAUCGUCUGGUUGUUUUUUUUUUCGCAUUGAUUCACUUGUUUUUUUAUGUCACAUCGUUAAUGUUUUUUAAACCGAAUAAUAUACCAAAGUGAAAAAUUAAUAUAAAAAAACAUGUGUUUUAUGUAAGGUUAUUUUAUAUUGGUAGAUAAUAAGGUAUUAUCGUGUAUAUAA